GGCUCUUAGACUAUUGGGUCUGGUAUGAAAGUGAAUCAAUUGUUGGGAGUCCCAAAACUUGAAUGGACAAAUUGACAUCCACAAAAUUUUGAAUGCGGUGUAAAUAAUCCGUAGGUUUUUGAACUUCCUGCCAAUGAUAAGGAGAUAUGUCUACAAUUUGCUAUUGAACAAUUGGAGAUUCAAAAAAAGUCCAGUCAUUUCCGCUCUGAUUACAAAGAAUUUCUGGAACUCAUGAUCUUUUUUCUGGGGUCGGAACCUCCUGGAGGAAUUCCUUUUAAGGCACCUGAAGCUGUUCAUCAUGCAAGAUGGAUGGCAAAAGUCUUGUACUGCUUCAUGAUUUAUAUGUUUAGAGUUUACGAAAAAGCUUGGUUUAAAACGGAAAGCCCUACAGAAGCUCCACGCAUCGAUCUCAAAAUUUUGCCUAGACAUAAAAAAUGUACGAUGGUUCACCUUGCAAUUCGAGAAGCUGUUUUUAAAAAACUCGUAGGACAUCUUUGGUACUUAAGUGAAGUUUUAAUUGGACUAGCUUCUUUCGACGAAAAUGUUUCCUUUGAUUGCAAAAGAGAGAUGGUACGUGCGAGUAAAGAACGACGUUCUACAGAAACGUGUAAAGAAAGAGAAGAUUUCAAGCAGGGUCUUGAGGUUGUGAAGGCUUUGUCCGUUACAAAUGAAAGCGCAGAACGAGGAGUAGCGUUAAUGAGUGAAUACAAUGCACUUAUUACUAAAUAUGAAGGGCAGGAACAACAUUUAAUCCAAGUAGUAAAAAAACAUAGAGAAAUUUUUCCUGGUUGUAACAAAGAAUCCUUAAAACAAUCCUUCGAAGAAUUUAUUUUUCGACAAGCCCCUUGA